AUGCACUUGGAUGCAAACAUAGACAAAUAUGAAAUGAUGGAUAGUGACACCAGUGACAAUUCGAGAGAGCCAGAGGCAAACGAGGACUAUAGUGUACGAGAUGAGCGGGAUGAUAAGGAAGAAGGAAAGGAAGUCCUGCAACAGUGGGAAGAUGAUUGGGAUGAUGAUGAUGUCAAUGAUGAUUUCUCCCUUCAAUUGAGAAAAGAAUUGAGAAGCAACUCAGAGAAGAAGUAAAGUGCCUCUUGCUCUCCUUCCUCCUUAUUGUGCUCUAUAAGCUUUAGCAAAAUGUUCUUUUGAGGUUUGUGUGCUUUUUCGAAAUGUGUUUUUAAUUUUGUGAACAGCUUUCUGUGUUGCAUUGCAACAGCUUUCU